CAACUUUUGCAAAACGUAAAGUAUACAUGUAUACAUUAGUGGACAACGUCGUCGCGAAAGUAGAGGGACCAUCAUCUCAUUCGGACCGUAUUUUUUUAUUUCUUUUAACAUCAACUGGAAGGUGUAUGUUGUAUUAAAACCAACGUGAAAGUACUGCAUGCUGAUACGAGAGAAAGGCCAAAACGAUAACACGUUUGCCACUACACUACGUACCGAGUGAAUCUGAAUCUGACCUAGAAAGAAAGGGUCAUACAAGUCUCUUGUCAGCAGUCCACUUAUUAGAAAAUUUGUUCCCGUAAUGAACGUGUAUAUUGUAUAGUAGUAGUCAGAGUUAAGAGUGAACGCGUGGAUUCUAUUGGCAGUCUGUUCGGUGAUACCGCAGGAUACAGAACAUCCAAAAUGACCAAGGCUAUAGUCUUUCUACUGGAUAAAUUUGUGUGGAUGCUAUUAAUUACUGUGAUAGCUACCCAAGCGCUGCAAUUUGCUGGCGUUGUACCAACUCCCAAAGGUUUAGAAGAAAUUUCUUACGAAAAGGACAACAACUAUGAAUUCCAAUUGGGAAUAGGAGAUUCCGGACCAAGGGGUAAAAGACAAACCGAUGGUGCCGGAAAUAUAAUCGACAACAUAUUUAAUAUUCCAAUUGCAACCCUUAAUGCGGUAAGUGAGUUAAUAAGAAACACACGGGCAAGAAGGCUUCAGAGGAUUCAAGAAAGAGCCGAAUUAGAGAAAGCCGUUGAUACUGACAAGAAAAGGAUUCAAAGAGCUUCUCCUGAUCAUCCCUUAGCCAGCCUUGAUGCACAUUUGGAUGAAUCGAGUGCCAAAGUUUUAUUGAAUUUGUAAUCCCGAUGCUUUACACUUAGAACUUUUCUAAAGUAGACUUGUAAGUUCGUUUUAAAUCAAGGCAGCCAUUGUGCAAUAAACUUAAUGAAAAUUGUAGAAUUCCCAAGAUGGAUCUUGAAAUGUGCAUACAUAUAGGUAUAUAAAUUGAAAUAUUAAAAUAAGAAUAACUUGCAUUUGUGAUAAAAAAAAGGACAGUGAAAUAAAUUAGGGUUAAUGUAGUAACAUGAAAUAUUCUCUCUAACUGUAAAAGACUGGCUAAAACAUUUUGCUGAACUUAUGCUUUAAAUAACGUUUAUUAGGUAAUAUUAGAUAAAUAAAAUUGUAUGAUUUAAAUUUAUUGUAAGAAUGUAAAUAAAUAUUUUAGAUA